AUGGAGAACGAAUGGGAAAUCGAAGAGGGGAUUCCCCAGUUUGGCGACCCGUUUAUUCAGCAAUAUCUCAACGGUCGCGAUGCUCUGAUUGCGGAAGAGCACAAAAGACGUCAUGAUGCAAACCUCCGCAAAUCACUAUCGCCUAUCGCCGCCCGGGCAUCGAAGAUCGUUUCGCAGAUCCGAGCUCAGGAGCAGAACGAACUAUGGACGAGUGGAUUGGACGAAGAUGCCGCCCACCAGUCAGAUGAGAUCCUCUACCCGGGCGUGAUGUUUAACCUGGCCAAAGGGCGCAUGGAAAAAACCAAGCUGUGGAAGAUCGUGGAGAAGAUGCCGAAAGGCUCCCUUCUCCACGCGCACAUGGAUGCCAUGUUCGACAUUGAAUUCUUGCUGGACCAGGCUUUCUCCACGCCAGGGAUACACAUGACGGCCCCGGGUCCAUUGGUCACUCAAAAAGACUUGGACUCGGCGCCCCUCACGUUCCAGUAUUCAUCGCAGCCACCAAGUGCUUCAGAGGAAAAGCCCAGUAUCUGGACCCAGACAUAUGAGCCGGCGUCCUUGAUCUCAAUCCAGAAGGCUGCGUCGUCGUUCCCGAAUGGAGGAGAGAAGGGUUUCCGGGAUUGGCUGACUAGUCGCUGUGUGCUCAUGCCCGAGCACUCAUAUCACCACCAUCAUGGCGUAGAUGCGAUCUGGGGUCUGUUUCAGAAGACUUUCCCCAUCAUCGACUCCCUGCUUAUGUAUGAGCCUAUUUUCCGAGUCUGUUUUGCCCGUAUGCUGGGACAAUUGGCUGCAGAUGGGAUCCGAUACGUGGAGUUCCGCAUUGGGUUCAACUUCAAGUACAGAAGACAAGGCAACGAUGAGCCUGACACGGACUUCUUUGAAUGGUCUCGCGUGGUGGAGGAGGUGGUAGAUCAGUUCAAGGAGUCCGAGGAAGGAAAGGACUUUUACGACGCUCGACUGAUCUGGACUACGCUCCGGCGCUUUUCCAAUGAUCUCAUUGUCCAGAGUAUGAAGCAGUGCAUUGAGACAAAACAGGCAUUCCCCGACUUGUUCUGCGGGUUCGAUCUCGUCGGACAGGAAGAUGCAGGACGACCCCUUGUUGACCUGGUCCCUAUCCUAUUUUGGUUCAGAAAACAAUGUGCAGAAGAAGGGGUUGAUAUCCCCUAUUUCUUCCAUGCCGGUGAAUGUCUAGGUGAUGGUGAUGACACCGAUCACAACCUAUUCGAUGCUAUUCUCCUCGGCACGCGACGCAUCGGCCAUGGCUUCUCCCUCUACAAACACCCUCUGCUCAUUGACCUAGUCAAAGAGAAGAAAAUCCUGGUUGAGUGCUGCCCAAUUUCCAACGAAGUCCUCCGCCUCGCCAGCUCGAUCAAAUCCCACCCUCUCCCCGCAUUACUGUCUAGAGGUGUCCCCGUUUCACUAUGCAACGACGAUCCCGCUAUUCUUGGCCAUGGGCGGAACGGACUGACUCAUGAUUUCUGGCAAGCGUUGCAGGGACUGGAAAAUGUGGAUUUGGUUGGCUUAUCGAUGAUGGCCCAGAACUCCAUCCGGUGGAGCUGCUACGAAGAUCAAUCGGCAGCUGAGUGGAAGGCUGGCAUUCAGAAUGGGGUUAUGGGCAAGGGACUAAAAUCUGAGCGACUGCGGGACUUUGGCUCUGAAUUUGAGAAGUUCUGCGAGUGGAUUGUCUUGGAGUUUGCGGAGUUUGAUGCCGACGAUUAG